AUGUCCAAAGUGGCUGGCUUGUCUUCCAAGAAGAGCCGGUGGCUCUUGAAAUCCUUGCGCGACCAGCAGCGACAUUCCCUGGGCACUGGGUUUGAAAGUGCCAAUAUCCUCCUCUCGCCCAAGUACCACCUCAAAGACAAGGAUCUGAGAAAGAUCCACAAGGCUGCGCGCGUCGGGGAUGCAGCAAGAAUGCAGCAGCUCCUGCUUGGGAAAUGCGGUGUGAACGACAAGGACAAGAAGAAGAGGACUGCCCUCCACAUCGCCUGUGCUUAUGGCCACCCAAAGGUGGUGAUGGCCCUGAUAGAGGGAAGGUGUGAGAUCAAUGCCACAGACAGUGAGGAGUGCACAAGUCUGGUGAAGGCUGUGCAGUGUCAGGAAGAGGAAUGUGCUACUAUUCUGCUGGAGAAUGGUGCUGACCCAAACAUUGUGGAUGUCCAGGGCAACAGCGCUCUCCACUAUGCUGUCUAUUCUAAGAAUACAUCACUGGCUGCAAAACUGCUCAAUCAUGAAGUGAAUAUUGAAGCGACAAAUAAGGGUGGCUUCACACCAUUUUUACUGGCUGUCAGUGAAAACAAACUGCAGAUAGCAAAAUUCUUAUUAAUGAAGAAUGCUAAUAUACAUGCGGUUGAUAACCAGAAGAGAACAGCCCUCAUGCAUGCUGUAAGCCAUGACUCAACAAGCCUAGUCAGGUUUGUUCUUCAGCAAGGGGUAGACCUCUUCUUGAAAGAUGCCUUUGGAUUGACUGCAAUCGAUUAUGCUGCUGAUUUUAGAUAUAAUACGGUUCCUUUAAGUAUUUUCUGCAGUGUUGAUUUAGUGCUCGAGUUGUUGGAUUUUCAGAUGUAUUGA